CGCGCGCUCUUCAUACCCAGCUCGCGCGAUCACAGCUGGCCAGGUCGGCAGCUCGAGGACUGUCUCACUUCUCACUGAGGAGAGAAGAAGAAGAAGAAGAAGAGAGGAGAGGAGAGGAGAGGGGGAAACUUCUCUUCGGCAUCAUGCAGACUUUUAUCGGAGCCUCGCACCUCUUAUUGGCUCUUCUGCUGCAACUCGUACCUGCGCAGAUUUCACACCCUCCAGAAGAGGCUCACACAAGAAUAAUGCGGGUCCAGGAGGUGCUGGAGAAGAGCAUGUGCCGGCCCAUGGAGCAGCUGGUGGAUGUGGGGCAGGAGUACCCUGGAGAAGUGGAGUACAUCUACAGGCCUCUGUGCGUCCCACUUUGGCGCUGCUCCGGUUGCUGCGGGGACGAGAACAUGGACUGCCAGCCUACCCUCGAACGCAACAUCACUCUGCAGGUGAUGAGGAUUCACUCCUUGAUACACAUGCGUGUGGAGCUCACGUUUGCGGAGCAUCAGACAUGUGAAUGCAGAGCCCGUGAGAAUCUCCUAAAUAAUAAAAGCAGCGGCGAGUCUAUCACAAACAGACCUCGGAGGAGGAAACACAAGAAGACGGCGAAAGGCUGUAGCAAGUGCCAGUUCCCUCAAAACAAGAUACAUCCUCACUGAUUCACACAUCUGUCCAGAGCGUCAUUUGGAGGACUCGCCUGUGGAUCGAUCAUCGACCUUCAUCUUCUGCCUGACAUCUUUCCUCAUCCAGUGCAUCCACCAACCAUCAGACUCUACAUCUUUUCUUUUUCUGAUGUAUCAUCAAAUCACAGAGACUUUUUCCACCAUGGCUUCAUCUUCACCGUGACUUUUGCAGAUUUCUCUAGUUAUUAGAAUCGUUAAGAAACCAAAUCCUUGCUGGUACACAUCUAGAGACUGAAAACACAUAAAGCGUGUGACUUCCCUGUCAAGUGUUAUUUACUUGUGAAGAGUUCAUGAAAUAAAAUUCACUCCCAACUACAACAAAACCUCUGUGUUAAUCCAGGCCCUGCAUUUGCAUGAAGAUGGAGGGGUACGUACGAGGACAACUGUGCAGCUCUUUAUCUCACAAGGCUCUGUAGUAAGCGCAUUGUUAAACGAAGCACAAAGGGUUACUGUUAUCCGCACGUUUGUAGUACAUUCACGGCCUUUCACCGACAUGUGAGAUGAUAGAGGUGUGGUUAGAUUAAUAAUGGCAGAGAUUCCUCUCCUGCAGUAUCUCUUUUAACUGGAUGUAAUGUACCUGUCCAGACAAGUCAUUAAAGGGAAUAACAUAAUCAUAGGUGAAACCCCAUAUUCUGGUUUUGUU